CGAGAGCAGUUCGAAGCAGCGGAGAAAGCAGCCGACGCAACAGAAAUUUCAUAACAAAAUAUUGGGACAAACAGCACUUGCUGCAAGCAAGCAGAAGUGCAGGCCGAGAGCGCAAAGUGGGAGCACAAGGAAAAAGUAGUUGAAGUGAAUUUUAAAUUAAUCAAAGAAAAAAAUUCAGUUUACAGAAAAACGAAAAUAUUAACUGGAAAAGUGCAACAAAAAUGUUUUACAUGCAUUAUUAACACAAACAAUAACAAUAACAAAAUUGUUGUGCAAAAUAAAAACAUUUAAACCAGAUACAGAAAAUUUCGUUGCUUUCGUUCGAAGGCUCCAAAAAACAAAAAAAAGUAAAAAUAUGCAUUGCUAAAGUAGUGCGAACGAAUUUUAGGGAGAACCCUUAAAUUGUAGGAGCAGUGCAGUUGGGGAUAUAAAUUUCAUAUGUUAUUUCAGUGCAAAGUAUUUUGAGUGUUGAACGGAAGUUUGGCUGACUGCUUUAAAAAAUAAUAUCAAACACCAAAAUAGUUGCCAAAAGAAACAGCAAAAUCAUUGUCGCAGCAACUGUGGUAGCGGCAGCAACGCCAGCAGCAGCCACACCAUAAGCAGCAGAAAAGGCAUCUACAACCCCAACGCAACCAACAACGACGGCAGCGACGAUAACAAUCGACGCUUGAAAAUGUCAACACUUCCGUUUUUGUUGAGCGUCGCCGAUGAGCUCGAUAACAUCAACUCGCAGUCAUAUAUGGACGACUUCGGGUUGGGCUUCCAUCCGCACCGUCAAUACUAUCGCACACCCACCAUCCAAUUGUCCUUGCCCGCCAGUACCGACUGGAUGGAACAUGAGCGCUCCCAGCGCUGCCGUUCGCAUAAAUUCGUCUUCGAAACACAAAACAAUCUAACGGCCACGGCGGAGGGCGAUGAGGCGGAUGACACCGAUGAGGCUGGCAAUGGUGGCCGUGGCGGUGUGCUAGACGGCGGUGCAGACAAUGCGUUCACAGAUCGUUAUGGCAGUGGCGCAAGCACGUCUGCCGCCAGUCGUCAAAAAUACACUUCCUUAUUGAACUCGAACAACGAUGGUAUUGCUGACAAAGGAGUCGUCAGCGGCAGCGGUAAGAGCGGCAAAGGUGGUGACGACGAUACCAUCGAUAAUACAGUGCAGAUGUGUAACUUGUCGAAAAAGUGUUGCAAAAACUACUAUCGACGCGGUGACGAACCAACAUCGGCUGCAUUGGCGGCCAAGGGGAAAUCUGCAGAGGGUGGCUAUCGUUUGCAUGCCAAGUGCAUGGAAGGCGCUAACUCAUCGUCGGAUGAGAGUUUGCAGAAACCCACAUCGUCCAUAGAGUUUUUGACGUGCUUCCUGGUGAAAAAGUCGCGUGCACCCAAAGGUGCGGGCAUCAGCGGUAGUAGCAAGAAAUCGUCGUAGGACACGGUUUCGAAGCGUAGAAGCAAUUGUUUCUGAAUAUGUUGGCGAGGGCAGGACGGCGACAAUGACGGCGACGAUGCACGCCGAAGUUAUAGGGGAUGGGCGAGUUGUUGGCGAGGUGUUUGCGGUGAUUGUGGUGAGAUUGAAUGCCAGCGUUGAAGCAGUGAAGCGGAGGUCAGGUGAAGGCGAUUGAUGAUUUACGCAGUCACGCGGUUGUAAUGCAGCUACAGUGCAACGCAAUUGGGCAACUGAGUAGUUGAGUAGCUGAAGAACUGAAAAACGAAUUGACGCGUUUUCACACUUUAUUUGGCAAUGAGUUUGCGAAGCUGUCAAGGGUAAAAUGCAAGGACUUUGGAGUGCCGACGGGAGGGAGGUUGAAAGAUUGCGGCUGAAAGUAGUUGGAAAAUAAACGCGUCUUCAUGAAGGGCAGCCAUACAGUUGGAAGUGUGAGUUCACAGCUAAUCUCACACACAUACGUAUCUCAAAUAUUAUACUUACACACACACAUACAUUAUAUACACAUAUUU